AAGCCGAGAGAAUGUAGCGAGGUCCGUCCCGUCGCGUCCACAAUUUUACACGAAACAUAGCGGCGUUGGCGUUGCCAAUUAACUCGUCAACACUAACAAACAAACGACUAACAGUACAAAUAUGCCUUCUGUGAUAACCGCGGUGUUGUGUGCGGCUCUGCUGAAAGUUUGCGUGGUUUCUUCCACUCCCAAGGCGGCUAUCUACAUCGACAAUGGAUACGAUCAGACGGCCAUAGACCGACUCAUGACCCAGGCCGAGAAGAAGGAGAUGGAGCUGGAGAUCCUGAACCUGUUGGGACUGCCGAACAGGCCCAGGAAGAUCAUCAGGAGCCCGCUGAAGAAGUCCGCGCCUAGGUUCCUCCUGGAUAUAUACAGGAGCCUCAUGGAGGACGAGAACGACGAGAAUAACAGGGCGAAGCGCAGCGCGGAUCUGAGUUUUAGCGGCGAAGAACAGCAACAGAUCGAUCAGAGCGACGUUAUUAUGACUUUUGAGAGCAUAGGCCACCACGUGAGUAGUGUAAGACACGAGAGAGGGAAAAGACUAUGGUUCAACACGUCGGAAAUGCCGGUAGCUGAGGAUAUUGUCGGUGCGGAAUUGAAGAUCUUCAAAAACGCGGACGAAUCUGCAAAAAGUCCAGACGCCAGGUACACCGUGACGGUGUAUCAGUUGAUAAAUACCGACAACGGUGAACGCGAGUUAGAGUACGUAUCGGCCCUCAACACGUCGGCGGCUUUCUCGGGGUGGCUAGGCCUCAACCUCACCGCGUGCCUCGCUACUUGGGUGGCAUUUCCGGACUCCAACAAGGGCCUCUACCUGUCGGUCCAUCCCGUCGACAGGCCUGGUCACGAAAUUAGGCCCGAAGACAUAGGACUCGUAACGGUUAAAGCUCAGGACGAGAUCCAACCGUUCAUGGUAGCUUUCCUGAAGGCAUCAAAUCAUGUGAAAGCUAGGGCAACCAGGGACACCAAAACCAGGAUCAAGAAGUCGACACCUUUGCCGAACAUAGCGAAUGAAUAUAAGAGCAAUGAUCCGGAGGGAAGAAGAAGCUGCCGGAUACAGACGUUGUACAUCAGUUUUAAGGAUUUACAGUGGCAGGAUUGGAUUAUAGCCCCCGACGGUUAUGCCGCCUACUAUUGCGCAGGAGAGUGCAACUUCCCACUCAACGCGCACAUGAAUGCGACCAACCACGCAAUCGUACAGACUUUGGUCCAUUUGAUGAACCCCUGGAGGUAUCCCAAGCCCUGUUGCGCUCCUACCAAGCUAAAUCCGAUUUCGGUCCUGUUCUUUUUGGACGAUCAAAACGUUAUCCUGAAAAAAUACAAGAAAAUGGUGGUUAAGAGCUGUGGGUGCCAUUGAAUAAAGUAUAAUUCUAAGUCGUUUUUAUACCAGUGACGAGCUUUAGACGGUUAUUUUUUUUAAUCUGUUGUAGGUAAUAAUACUUUCGUUCGAGGGUUGAAAUGUGUCAUUUUUUAUUAUUAAACUCGUGUGUCCAUUGUAUAUAUGUCAAUUUUAUGUAUAAAUAUGUAUUUGUCAAUAAUAAGAAUAAAAUGUUGUG